AGUGCGGGGUGCCGGGCGCGGCCGCCGGAGGUCGGUGGCGCAGGGUUCUGCCCGCGCUGGCUCGGGGCUUGCCCAGCUGCCCGCGGAGGCCGGAACCGGAGAGAGAGAGUCUCGGGCCCAAGUACCCGGAGCCGCCGGGUCUCAGCCAGAUAAUGGUGUAGUCAUUGAAGAGAUUCUGAAGCCAUAAAUCCAGUCGACCUCGUGGAGACCUGGACUGCGGAGCAGAAGCCGGCAAAGAGAGGUCCUAUCUUCUGGACCCACCUGAUGGGGCAUGUCUGUGUGGCUGAAAGGCGGACUUCCAGAGUGUCUUCAGUUUUGAGUUAGCAGAGUGUCCAAUGGCCAUAGUCUCAGUGGUUCCUUCAUUGUCUGUCAGACCAGAUGACUGUGGGAAUCUUUGCAAAUUGUACGUUCUGUUUGAAAGUCAAGUACUUACCUCGACAGCAGAAGAAAAAGCUACAAACUGACAUUAAGGAAAAUGGUGGAAAUUUUUCAUUUUCAUUACAUCCCCAGUGCACGCAUAUAAUCUUAGACAAUGCUGAUGUUCUGAGUCAGUAUCAAAUGAAAUCUAUCCAAGAGAAACAUAUCCAUAUUGUAAACCCAGAUUUCAUAUGGAACUCUGUCAAAGAAAGGAGACUCUUGGAUGUAAAGAAUUACAAUCUUAAUAAUUCAUUGGAAAUCUCACUACCUCCUGGUCAAAAGGAAAGCAGUUCUGACGUGGAAACAGAUGAUCCAUCCCUGGUCAAUUCCACAGAGAAGGAAAACAUUGUGGAAUUCGCUAAGUUUUAUACAGACAAUGUUGAAAUUCCUCAUUUUUCUCAAGAAUUUGAAGUUGCAAAAUAUGACACCUUGGAAAAAAUUGAGACAGAGGGCAGGAAGGAAAUUGUAGUGGUGGAAAUGCAGUGCUUCCAGGAACACUGGGACUGUCCUUUUCUAAUAACUGCAUGUUUCCUCCUGGCUGAUGGAAUCGAGACUAGAAGACAAUUCUCUGGAAAGAAAACUUCUGCAGAUGCAAGUGAGUACUAUGAAAACUAUAUUGAAGAGCUGAAGAAACAAGGAUUUCUGCUAAGAGAAAAUUUUACACCUGAAGCAACCCAAUUAGCAUCUGAAAAAUUACAAGCAUUGCUUUUGGAGGAGGUAAUAAAUUCAGAUACUCUGAGCCAAGAGGUGAGUGAUUUGGUGGAGAUGAUUUGGGCAGAAACUCUGGGCCACCUGGAGCACACGCUUCUCAAGCCAGUGAACAAAAUUAGUCUUAAUGAUGUGAGCAAGGCAGAGGGCAUUCUCCUUCUAGUAAAGGCAGCACUGAAAAAUGGAGAAACGGCAGAACAAUUGCAAAAGAUGCUGACUGAAUUCUACAGAGUAAUACCUCACAAAGGUCCAACAACUGAAGAAGUUAACCUGAGACUAUUAUCUAAGAAAGAGGACCUCUGCCAGCUAAUAAGAGACAUGGUGAAUGUCUGUGAAAGUAAUUUGUACAAACCCAACCCACCAUCUCUUGCCAAAUACCGAGCUUUGAGAUGCAAAAUUGAGCAUGUUGAACAGAACACUGAAGAAUUUUUCAGUGUUAUGAAAGAGGUACUGCAGAAUAAUCACAGUAGAAGUCCAGUGAACAUCUUGCAGAUAUAUAGAGUUGGCAGAGUGAAUGAAGCCACAGAAUUUUUGAGCAAACUCGGCAACGUGAAAUCCUUAUUGCAUGGGUCUCCCGCACGAAACAUUGUAGGAAUUCUAUCCCGAGGGCUGCUUUUACCCAAAGUGGUUGAAGAUCACGGCGUGAAAAGAACAGACGUUGGCAAUCUUGGGAGUGGGAUAUAUUUCAGUGAUUCCCUCCGUACAAGCAUUAAGUACUCACACCCAGGAGAAAUAGAUGGCACUAGACUCUUGGUCAUUUGUAAUGUGGCCCUUGGGAAGUGUAUGGACUUGUACAAGAAGGAUUUUUCAUUAACAGAAGCACCACCAGGUUAUGACAGUGUCCAUGGAGUCUCACAAACAGCAACUGUCAUCACGGACUUUGAGGAUGAUGAAUUUGUUGUAUAUAAAACCGAUCAGAUUAAAAUGAAUUAUAUUAUUAAAUUUUGCAUUCCUGGAGACCAGAUAAAGGACUUUCAUCCUUGUGGUAAUACUGAAUUAGAGGAAUAUGUACCUGAAUUUUCAAGUUUUCCAAAGGCUGAAGAUUACCAGUUACCAGAUACCAAACCUUUCAGCAAUAUCAAAGCCGGUCUUCAGGAUACCUCUGGGAAUUUAGUUCCUCUUGAGGAUGUUCACAUCAAGGGGAGAGUAAUAGAUGUUGUAGCCCAGGUCAUCGUUUUUCAGACAUACACAAAUCAAAGUCAUGUGCCCAUUGAGGCAAAAUAUAUCUUUCCUCUGGAUGAUAAGGCUGCUGUGUGCGGUUUUGAAGCUUUCAUCAACGGGAAGCAUAUAGUAGGAGAGGUUAAAGAGAAGGAAGAAGCCCAUCAAGAAUACCAAGAAGCCAUCAGUCAAGGCCACGGUGCUUACUUGAUGGAUCAGGAUGCCCCUGAAGUUUUUACUGUAAGCGUUGGGAACUUACCCCCUAAGGCUAAGGUUCUUAUCAAAAUUACCUAUGUCACUGAACUCGGUGUCCAAGGCACUGCUGCUGUCUUCUUCAUGCCUGCCACUGUGGCACCCUGGCAACAAGACAAAGCAUUGAAUGAAAACGUUCAGGAUACAGUAGAGAAGAUUUGCAUCAAGGAAAUAGGGACAAAGCAAAGCUUCUCUUUGAGUAUGUAUAUUGAGAUGCCGUACGUGAUUGAAUUCAUUUCUAGUGAUACACAUAAACUAAAACAAAAGCACACAGACUGCAAAGCUGUAAUUAGCACUGUGGAAGGUAGUUCCUUAGACAGCAAUGGAUUUUCUCUCCACAUCGGUUUGUCUGAUGCAUAUCUCCCAAGAAUGUGGGUUGAAAAAUAUCCUGAUAAAGAAAGUGAGGCUUGCAUGCUUGUCUUUCAGCCAGAUUUCAAUAUCACCCUCCCUGAAACAGCCAAGAGGAGUGAAGUGAUUAUCUGUCUUGAUUGUUCCAAUUCUAUGAAGGGUGAAGCAUUCUUGCAAGCUAAGAAAAUUGCCUUAUAUGCACUGUCCCUGGUGGAUAAAAACCAAAAAAUAAACAUUGUCAAGUUUGGUACAAGUUACAAGGAAUUAUUUUCAUAUCCUAAGUAUAUCACAAGUAAUGAGAUGCCAACAGAGUUCAUUAUGGCUGCUUCACCUACCAUGGGAAAUACAGACUUCUGGAAAACUCUCCGAUAUUUAAAUUUGCUGUACCCUUCUCAAGGGCUACGGAACAUCCUCCUUAUAUCUGAUGGGCACAUUCAGAAUGAGAGCCUCACAUUCCAGCUGGUGAAAAGAAAUGUCCAACACACCAGGUUGUUCACCUGUGGCACUGGUUCUACAGCAAAUCAUCAUAUCUUAAGGACUUUGUCCCAGUGUGGUGCCGGAGUAUUUGAAUAUUUUAACUCAAAAUCCAAGCAUAGCUGGAAAACGCAGAUAGAAGACCAAAUGACUAGAUUACACUCUCCGAGUUGCCACUCUGUCUCUGUCAAAUGGCAGCAGCUAAGCACGAAUUUGCCUGAGCCCUUGCAGGCACCAGCGUGGGUGCAGUCUUUGUUCCACAAUGACCGCCUCCUCGUCUAUGGGUUUAUUCCGCAUUGCACACAGGCAACUCUAUGUGCAUUAAUUCAAGAGAAGGAAUUUUGUACAAUGGUAUCAACUACAGAACUUCAGAAGACAACUGGAACUAUGAUUCACAAGCUGACAGCCCGAGCUCUCGUUAGAGAUUUUGAAUAUGGCAUUCUCCAUGAAAAUGAAACACAUCACCAGAUGAAGAAGCAGAUCUUGAAAUCGCUGAUUAUUAAAAUCAGUAAAGAAAACUCUCUCCUAACACAAUUUACAAGUUUUGUGGCAGUUGAAAAAAGGGAUGAGAAUGAGUCACCUUUUCCUAAUAUUCCAAAUAUUUUGGAACUUAUUGCCAAAGAAGAUGUGGACUUUCUGCCAUACAUAACUUGGCAGGAGGAGCAAUCAGGUGCCAGCAUGACACAGAUUAUUUCAGCAUCCUCUGAAUGGAAUGAAGAUUUGCAACACAAAUCUUUGACUGAAAGAAAAGUUAAAUCACCCAAGCCAGAAGUUUCUGAAGAUGUUGAAGUGUUUAAUUUAGCCACUCAACUACCAGUACAACCUUUAAUACUCAAUUCUGAAUGUGGACUUGUGGCAAAGCCACUGGAUUUAAGUUGGAUGAAUUCAUUAAAAAAAAAAAAAAUUAAAGCACAAUUUAGGAAAUCCUCUUUACACACAAAAAAUGAUGUUUUCAAGCCUUCUCUUUCUCUUGGUGCUGCACCCAUCCUCCCAGGUGCCUCUCAUGUUGAUUCUGGUUUCCUCUCUCCUCCCGUAUCUCCUCAGAACUCUCUUUUUGGUUCUCCUGGUAGUCUCAAACAGUUUGGUCCAUCUAAAUAUGACCAAGACCUUGAAACUGGCAGUUGUACUGACGUUUCUCUUAAGUUGGAUUUCCCUUCCAGGCUGCCUCCACAGAACCCACCUUUUAGAUCCCCUGCUUGUUCUCCUUUUUCUGCUGCAUCAUUUGGCUCCAAACAGAUUGAUCGAUCUAAAAUUUACCAAGACCGUGAGAUCUGUGGAACUGGCAUUUCCCUUGGAACGUACUCAACUCCCAGACCACGUCUUUUUCUUUCUCUUCCUAGACUUCCUCCCCCUGUUUCAGCCGUAGGUUUUAGUGUUCCUUCUCCUCUUCAUUUUCAAAACUCUCUGGAUCCUUUGAGUGCCAAUUAUAAGCAACCAAUAGAUUUACUUGGGUUUGCUAGCAGUGAAUCAGGAGUUUCUUUUCCAUUAAAUAUUUCUGCUGGAACUGCGUUAUCAGAUCCUCCCCUACAUGAUCUUCAGACUGCCUCAAGUCAUGAAAGUUCUUCUGAAAUGAAAAGUAAUGAAAGGUCAGUGCUUCAAGCAAGUAGGUUUUCAAAAAGGGUGGCAAAAUCUGAUGAAACAAGAAGUGACUUUACCUCAAGCUUUCAGGCACAAAAUGAUGAGGAUGACAAAGUCUGCAAACAAAGCUGGAGGAAUUUUGUGCCUUGGACUAAACUGUUCAGUCUCCAGACUGAGGGUGGCUUCUGGAAGCUUACUCCAGAACUAGGAUUUAUAUUAAACCUUAAUACAAAUUUUUUAAACAGCUUUCUUGAACAAAAAGGCAUUCAAUCUCUAGGUAUAAAAGGACAAGAAUGUCUCCUGAACCUGAUUGCCACACUUCUGGUACUACAAUUUCUUUGCACCAAGUUCAAAGAAGAAGGAAUAGUCUUCAAAUCACUGAUGAAAUUAGAUGACACUUCCAUUUCCAGGAAUAUUCCCUGGGCUAUUGAAGGAAUAAAGAAAGCAAGUGAAUGGGUAAGAAGAACUGAAGGACAAUAUCCAUCUAUCUGCCAACGGCUUGAAUUGGGUAAAGACUGGGACUCUGCCACUAAGCAGAUAUUGGGAAUUCAACCCAUAGACACCACGUCUCCUCUUUAUGGAGUCCUUAAUUACAGUCAAGGCUGAAUCAAAUGAAAUUGUAUUUUAAACUUUUUUAAUGCUUUUAUGUAUAAAACAAUCAAAUAUUAAUAGAUACCUUUAAUGACAUUUAACUUUAAUUUUAUUCAAUGUAUUCAUUAGUCACUUUAAAAUAAAAUGGAAGCAGAAUUGAUUAUUUUGAAGAACUAACCAGCAAUAAUAAAAGGAAAUUACAAUAUUACCAA